AUGCUGCAGUGUUUGGAUUCGAACGACUUCAGCCACAUGGAAGGGGCGCUGGAUGCUCUGUUUAAGAUGAGCGAGGACAUGCCGCUUCAGCUUGACAGGGACAUCCCCGGGCUGGCAGAGCGUCCCAUCACCGUCUUCCUGCCGCGCCUGCUGCAGCAAUUCGCCUCGCCGCACGCCAGCUUGAGAAAGAUGGCGCUGGGGAGCGUGAACCAGUUCAUUCUGCACAUGCCGCGGGUGCUGCUGGUGAACAUGGACAGCUAUCUGCAGGGCCUCUUUGCUCUCGGAUCCGACCCCAUCCCAGAAGUCCGCAGGCUGGUGUGCUCGGCUGUGGUCCAGCUUAUCGAGUUGCAACCUUCCUUCCUCCUGCCGCACAUGCGCAAUGUGAUCGAGUACAUGCUCGCAUCCACGCGGGACUCGGACCCCGAUGUGGCUCUGGAGGCGUGUGAGUUCUGGUCCGCCUACUGCGAGAACAACCAGUCGCCCGAGAUGCUGCGGGAGUUCCUGCCCCAGCUCGUGACGGUGCUGUUGACGAACAUGGUGUAUGCAGAUGACGAUGAGGCAGUCAUCGAUGCUGAGGAUCUCAAGCCGCGCUUCCAUCAGUCCAGGCUGCAUGGUGCCAAUGGCGAGUUAACCAUAGUGACUCUAUCUGUUCCGCUUGGAAGCAGUGCAUCUUAUUGGCUCAACCCCUCCCUCCCCCCUCACCCUCUCUCCACACACGUGCGGCGUGCCUACACCUACCCCGGCGUGCCUACACCUACCCUCCCUUAUGAGUCGACUCAAAAGUUGACUUAUGAGUCGACUCAAAAGUCAACACGUGCGGCGUGCCUACACCUACCCUCCCUUAUCGAUAACCAGGAUGCGGAGGAGGAUUACGAUGAGAGUGCGAGCACGUGGAAUCUGCGCAAGUGCAGUGCAGCAGGCCUGGACAUCCUCUCUCACGUCUUCGGAGAUGCGCUGCUGCCCAUCCUCAUGCCGCUCAUCCAGCCCUCUAGUCCCUUCUUCCCUCUCUCCCUCCAUUCACCCCCCCCUCCCCUUCUCUUCGCCCCCACCCUCCAGACGAAUCUUGCAGACCGAAGCGAGGGCAAGUGGAAGGAGCGGGAGGCGUCAGUGCUGGCUGUUGGGGCCGUGGCGGAGGGCUGCAUUGACGGGCUGCUGCCUGCGCUGCCGCAGAUGAUCGCGCACCUGCUGCCCCUGCUGGAGGACCCGCACCCGCUGGUUCGCAGCAUCACGUGUUGGACGCUGUCGCGCUACUCCAAGUGGAUCGCCCGCGCCGUGGAUAAACCCGAGGGGCAGCAGCAGUUUGAUGCGGUUUUGACUGGGUUCCUGGCGCGCAUUUUGGACAAUAACAAGCGAGUGCAGGAGGCUGCGUGCUCAGCGUUCGCCACUCUCGAAGAGGAGGCAGUGGAUGAGUUGCCGGAUCGCCUGGAGCCCAUUCUGCAGCACCUGGCCUUCGCGUUCAGCAAGUACCAGCGGCGCAACCUGCGCAUUCUGUACGACGCAGUGGGGACUCUGGCGGACUGUGUGGGGGGUACGCUGCAAGAUCCGCGUUACAUCGCAGUUUUAAUGCCGCCUCUCACAGCCAAGUGGCAGCAGAUCUCUGACUUCGAUCGUGACAUCUUCCCACUGCUCGAGUGUUUCACCUCCGUCGCUCAGGCCCUGGGCCCCGCCUUUGCUCCAUAUGCCGAGACGGUGCUUGCACGCUGCUGCCAUAUCAUUAGAGUGCAGCUGGUAGCACAGAAGGACCCAGCAGCAGCGGGGGCGCCAUACGACAAGGAGUUCAUAGUGUGCGCUCUGGAUCUCAGCUCAGGAGUCAUCGAAGCCCUCGGAUCAUCGGUCGAGCCCCUGAUUGCCAAGAGCGGCUUGACGGACCUGCUGCUGCAGUGCUGUGCGGUGGACGCCAACGACGUCAAGCAGAGCUCCCUCGCCCUACUGGGUGACCUCACCAAGUCGUGUGUGCAGCAGGUGCGGCCGCGUCUCAACGACUUCCUCUCGGUGUGCGUGGCCCAGCUGAACGGCCCCGAGUCCUUUGUACACGAGCGGAUCUCCGUCGCCAACAACGCGUGCUGGGCGCUGGGCGAGCUGGCAGUCAAGGUGCGAGAAGAGAUAUCGCCAGCCGUGGUGCCAGUGCUGAACAACAUCGUGCCUGUCCUCACCUCCGCACAGAACCCACGGGGCACCAAUCUAGCGCUGGUGGAGAACUGUGCCAUCACGCUGGGCCGCUUUGCGUGGGUGUGCCCUGACGUGCUGGCUCCCCAGGCCUCUCACUUCCUGGUUCCAUUCCUCACCACGCUCAAAGGAAUCCGUGAUGACGUGGAGAAGGAGGAGGCAUUUAAAGGGCUGUGCGCUGUGCUGCGCCUCAACCCCAUGGCAGCAUCCACGGCCAUCCACCCGCUGCUGCUCGCCAUUGGCAGCUGGAGAGAGAUCCACAGUGCAGAGCUGAAGGCUGAGAUUCAUCAGCUCCUUCAAGGCUUUAAGCAGAUGCUAGUGGAGGCAGGCACGUGGGAUCAAAUCCUGCAAUCUACCGACAAACCGCUGCUGCAGAAGCUCAGUGCGACGUACGGGAUCUAG